CUGAUUGUUACACUGUGAAAGACAUGAUCUGGAAAUUAUGCAAACACACGGAUGCUGAAUGUCUUUUAUAGUGAAGUUAAGAUUGGACUAAAACCGGAAAUUCCGUAUGUGUGUGAGGGAGAGGUUUAUCAGAAGGAAGGACUUGUGUUGUAAAUAAAUAAAACCUGGCAACCUCGGUGGGAUCCGGUUUUCACUCUCGUGUUUACUCCGGAGCUGUACUGCAGAAACCGGCGGCUCAGAGGAGAAGCAUGCCGGCCAUGUGGUUGCCCCUGUAUCGCCUGGUCAGCACCCGGGACAAUGUCAGGAAACUCUUUAGACACGGGGAGACUUUAUACUCGGCGUGUGGGGCUCCGGGGCUUAGCUCCAGCGGGAUCGGAUGCCACCCAGUGCCGGGACACAUGCUGUCAGCGGCCGGCAUGUGCACCAGCGACCCAGCCGGAGACACGACCGACUGGCUGUGGUCUGUUUACAAUGAAACCAAACGGAGAACUGACGCUUCAAUUCCAGCCAUCUCAAAAAACUUUGUGAAUCCUGACACUAUUUUUGCAAACAACGAGAUGAGCUUGCAGGACACGGAGAUAUACGGCUUCGACUACGACUACACACUGGCCUUUUACUCCAGCCAUCUCCAUACUCUGAUCUUCAAUGUGGCCCGAGAUAUUCUCAUUCAACAGCACAGGUACCCAGAAGGAUUAAAGACUUAUAACUACAUUCCUAAUUUUGUGGUCCGGGGACUGCAUUAUGAUGUUCAGAAGGCGUUACUGAUGAAGAUAGAUGCUUUUCAUUACAUCCAGCUAGGAACAGUGUACAGGGGCCUUCAUCCAGUGCCAGACAAAGAAGUCAUUGCAAUGUAUGAGGGCUCACAUGUUCCACUGGAAAUCAUGAGCGACUUUUAUGGCAAGAGUUCCCAAGGACACACAAUGAAACAGUUCAUGGACAUCUUCUCGUUGCCGGAGAUGACCCUGUUGUCGUGUGUAAAUGAUUACUUCAUGAAGCACAAUAUUGAUUAUGAGCCCGUGCAUCUUUACAAAGAUGUCAAGGAGGCCAUAAGGGAUGUCCACGUAAAGGGAAUCAUGUAUCGAGCCGUGGAAGCAGAUAUUGAGAAGUAUAUCUGUUAUGGUGAACAGACCCAUGCCGUUUUAAAAAAGCUUUCAGCUAAUGGAAAGAAAAUGUUUCUAAUCACCAACAGCCCCCUGGAUUUUGUAGAUCGAGGAAUGAACUUUAUUGUUGGAAAAGACUGGAGGGAGCUGUUCGAUGUCAUUAUAGUGCAGGCCGACAAGCCAGGUUUCUUCAAUGACCGUAGAAAGCCAUUCAGACGAGUUACUGAUAAAGGAGUGUUGCUAUGGGACAGAAUUCACCACUUGGAGAAGGGGCAGAUUUAUAAACAGGGAAACCUAUAUGAAUUCUUGAGACUCACUGGCUGGAGGGGCUCAAAGGUUUUAUAUUUUGGAGACCACAUCUACAGUGACCUUGCUGACCUGACCCUGAAGCAUGGCUGGAGGACAGGAGCCAUCAUCCCCGAGCUACGCGAGGAGAUCAAGAUCAUGAACACUGAGGAAUACGUACAUUCCAUGGCAUGGCUACAGAGUCUGACCAGCUUGGUGGAGCAGAUGCAGGUGCAUCGAGAUGCUGCGUCGCAAUCAGUGAUUCACCAGUGGAUCAAGGAGAGGGAGUAUGUGAGGUCUCAGGCAAAGGACAUGUUCAACAGUCAGUUCGGCAGUCUGUUCCGCACGUAUCACAACCCGACGUAUUUCUCCCGCCGCCUCUCGCGCUUUGCAGACAUUUACAUGGCUUCCCUUAGCUGCCUGCUCAACUACGACCUGCAGCACACGUUCUAUCCUCGUCGUGCUCCACUUCAGCACGAGGCCUCGUUCUGCCCAGAGCAGUCCAGCACAGGAGCCGUUAAAAAUCCCUUCCAGAACCAUCACACAAACUCUGACUAGAGCAGGGCUAAUAAUGUGUUAUUAUUACAUAAUCCACAACAGCACUGCAGUGCUUGUAUUCUGAUUGCAGAUUGAUCAGCCACAUACAAGUGAUUUAUAGUAAAGACUGGUAGUGGUGAAGAAACCGAAGUACACAUGAAGGUUUUAACGUUGUAUGUGUGGAAGGGAAAAAAAAGAAGUAGAAGGUUUGCAUGUUCUUCUCAGUAUAUGUUUAGAUUUUAGGGCUUAGCUCUACUAGGCCUAAAAUUCAUAAUUCAGGUGACAUGCUACAGUAGGUCAAUGUCUCCCAGCUAUUAAAUGCUGUAGCGCUUUAGUAUUUUAAUAUGCCAAUACCUUAUUUUUAUAUUUGCAGCAUACUUAUUCUGUGUUUAACUCUUCAGUGAUGUAUCUCUUGACUGCCAUUUUUUUUCUGAACUGUGUUAUGAAAACCUCGUAAUGUGGUUUUGAUUAUUACAUUGGCAUUGGGAGCUUAUUUACAUCCAUUGCAUUUAAUAUUUGAAAAACAUUUUAAUGGAAUAAAAUAAUGCAUAGAUCACUUUUACAGACAAACUGUACAAAGUUGCUGAGGCAUUAUAUGCUUUUAAACAGCUUUUGUGGUGUAUGCUGCUUUAGUAGCAGACGUUUUAAUUGGCUAGACAUUGCUAUAUACUAUAUAUAUUACUAUUCUUAUAAAUGACUUAAACCUCUCAUUCUAAAAUUGUGUCUGGUUGAAGCAGCUGUCACUUAGUCGAGUAACCAAUACAUUGUCUAGUGUAAUGCAAUAAGCUUCCAAUAUAAGGAAUUAUUAAUGACCGUAUUGUAAUGUAUUAAAAAAAGAAUCUUUGCACUAAAUUUUCAUCCAGAAAUGACUUAAAUAGAACUAGUUUUAUUAGAUGUGCUUUUUUAAUUGAAUUGACUGGGAAAGCUCUAUUAAUUUUGUUCAUGGUUUAUUGUAUUUGCUUUGUGAUGGCCUUCAUUUGAAAUCACUUGUGAUUUAUUUAUUAAACAAUUUCACGGGAGAUACUUAUUUGUAUCAAAAUUGUAUUUUAUUUAUGUUUACAUUUUAAUUUUUGGGUAUUUUAUGAUUUGUAAAAAAAAAAAAUAAUAAUAAUAAUUACAUGCAAUGGAGUCCUUUCUGUUUUAAUAUACAUUUAUAUAUGUUUGGAUAUCAGGUAAUUAAGUACACUGCUGCUUUAUUACUUGGUUAUCACAGAUGGAAAGAUUGCUAUUUUUUUCAUUUAUUACAUUUAAACGCUCUGUUCUAGGUGUGGAAUAAAACCUAACAUACACUACAUA